GCUGGGGCCAGACACAAGCACAGUUAUUGCUGCUUCAGUUGUCAUCAAACCUUCUGUUAGAUGGGAUAAGUUUAACUCACAGCGUCCUCUGAGGAGAAAGAUUGUGCCCACCAAAGGAAAAACAUGGGCUUCAAAAUGACUUUCUCCCUUUCCUAUAAAUACCGAUUACUAUUACUGUUUACCUUAUGUCUCUCAGUGGUUGGUUGGGCCACCAGUAAUUACUUUGUGGGUUCUCUACAAGAGAUUCCUAGUGCAAAGAGUUUCAUAACUAAUUUCAACAAGAUUUGGGGGAAGGAAGAAGAAACUCUGAUCAAUGAAACAUCUAUGAAGAAAGAACUCAGCGGCUGCCCUGCCGAAUCUCCAUACCUUAAAGGCCAGAGCAAACUCAGUUUUGAAUCCAAUCUCACUCUGGAGGAAGUGCAAGCAGAAAACCCCAAUGUGCACAGAGGCCGGUAUCACCCUGAAGAGUGUAAGGCUGCCCAGCGGGUUGCCAUCCUUAUUCCACACCGUAAUCGAGAGAAACACCUGAUGUACCUGCUGAAGCACCUUCAUCCCUUCUUGCAGAGGCAGCAGCUGGAUUAUGGUAUUUAUGUCAUCCACCAGGCUGGAAGUAAAAUGUUUAAUCGAGCCAAACUCUUAAAUGUGGGUUAUAUAGAAGCUCUCAAGGAUGAAAAUUGGGACUGCUUCAUAUUCCAUGAUGUUGACCUGGUGCCAGAGAAUGACUUGAAUCUUUACAAGUGUGAGAAGCAGCCUAAGCAUCUGGUGGUUGGCAGGAACAGCACUGGGUACAGGUUACGUUACAGAGGAUAUUUUGGGGGUGUUACUGCUUUAAGCAGAGAACAGUUUUUCAAGGUGAAUGGAUUCUCUAACAACUACUGGGGAUGGGGAGGCGAAGACGAUGACCUCAGACUCAGGGUUGAGCUUCAGAGAAUGAAAAUAAUCCGUCCAUUGCCUUACGUAGGUAAAUACACAAUGAUCUUCCACACUAGAGACCGAGGCAACGAGGUGAACAGAGGACGGAUGAAGCUCUUACAUCAGGUGUCGCGAGUCUGGAGGAAAGAUGGACUGAGUAGUUGUUCCUAUAAAUUACUCUCAGUGAUUUACAACCCUUUAUAUAUCAAUAUCACAGUGGAUUUCUGGUCUGACCCAUGACCCUGAACAUUCUACUGAAACUUGGAAGAACUGAAUGUUUGAUUGCAAUACUUUUGGUCCAGCGACUUUUCUUAGGAGACCACACUAUGAACUUGUUGCACUCAGUUAUUGAACUGAGUUGUUUCCCUCACCUUUUUUUUUAACAGAGCUACUGUUGACAUGGAAUGUGACAAGGCAAUUUUUUUUUUAUUGUUUUGAUCAUGGGGGUUAAUAGAGAUUGUAAUAGAGAUACUUGAAAGACUAAGGUUAAAAGGGCUACUCAGAGAAUAUAAUGAGGGCUACUUGAGUACUUGGAUGGAAGAAAAUUAAAUGGGAAAUUUAAUCUUGGGCUAAGGUCAAGGGCAAUUAAAUUGCUGAAUGUUAUAGACAACCUAGAAUGUAUUCCACUGAGAAAGAAAGGUACGGAGCUGUAGUUCUAUUACUCAUUGGCCUGUGCACCAUUGCCUGUAAAGAAAUAGAUCUCAGGUGAGAAGACCACAGAAGAGGAAGGAGAGGGACAAAUGAAGAAGCUGUGAACUUGAGAAUGAAGAGCCGGAGGUCAGUGUCUGAGGGAUGGGCCCCACCGCUGCCUUUCUGAGGGGCAUGUCCCACCAGAUAACUCCUUUCUGUACUAUCCUGGCAGAGGAAAUGUCCUCAAUUCAUUUUUUAAGCAUUUUUGUAAAAUGAUUUUGUAUAUGUAGUAUAUGAAUUAUCAGUUUACAAAUGACAUUAAUAAUACAGCAAAAUUACCUCUAGUAAAAAAGAUGA